AUGCAGAAGGGCCAGGCCUGCUGUCCCCUUGUGGACCAGAGCAUGUUUGAAAAUGCCAGCGCCAGCACGGCACCCACCCCGCGCCCGCAGCACGUCCCCGCGGGUGCCCCAGCGCAGCCCUCCCGCCCUGCUGGCAGCCAGCACCUCCGCAACCUGGGCAAGGCCGUGGGGGCCAAGGUGAACGAUCUCCUGCGCCGCAAGGAGCCGGCUGGCCCCCCCGGCGUGGGGGUGACGGAGGUGAAUGCCAGCGCCGGUGCCGCGCUGGGCAUGGGACAGCUGGCAAACGAGGAUGGGGCCCCGGGGCUGGAUGCCUUCCCCCGGCUGGACCCGCCGCCCCCCGUCACCAAGAAGAGGACUCCGCGUGCCCUGAAGACCCCACAGGACAUGCUCAUCGCACCCCAGCCCGUGGGCAGCAGCGUGGCGGAGCCCCCCGAGCCGCUCCCAGCACACCCUGACCCUGCGGAGGAGUGGCUGGGGGCAAGGGACCUGUCCCCUGUGGAGCACCCUGGGGUGCUCGGUGCGACCAGUGCCUCGGCACCAAGUGGGGACCAGCUGACUGGUGCCCUCCCUGUGCCUGACCUCAUCCACAAAGGCAGCCUGGAGACCUCACCCCGCACCGAGAAGUCUCCUCGGGGACCAGGGCUGGAGCAUGAGCUGCCGGGGAGCGCAGGGCGGCCAGAGCCGUGCACCCCGAGCCGGGAGGCAGAGGGUCCCCAUCCUGACCUGCUGUCCUUCGAGUAG